UCAUAGGAUUAACGUUCAGACUCCAUUGCUGUGUCUACAGUAGCGAUUUCCUCUUCGCCCAGGUUCCGCUGCACUAUUUUCCUCCUCUGAAAACAGGACUUUUGUCUUUUCUCUGCAGGUUGAAUUGAGGGGACUAACAGAGCGAUGACGUCCACCACAGGGCCCAGCUACGCCCCGGCUCCCAAACCAAAAUCGCGGCGCGGCGGCCGCCGCUGCCGACUCCGCAGCAACACCUCGGACACCGAUCCCCAGUCUCUGUCCACACUCGGGUAUUUUCAAACCCUCCCGCUAGAGAUCUUUCAAAUGGUGUUGAAUUAUCUGCCAGUGAAGGAUAUCAGCAUGCUGAGCAUGGUGUCGAAAAGCAUCAGCAACCGCCUCAUUAAUUACAUCUCAACCCCGUCAGGAAACCGAAGGCUCUUAUGGCAAGACUUUCACAACCAGGAGCUACCUGGCAAGAGAGAAGGAUCCUGUAUUUUAGAGCACUACAAAUCUCUAGGAUUGCUGUUUAAGAGAUGCACGCUCCUGCUCCCCACCAAAGACAGGCUCAAGUACAUGCACAGGAUUCUCUCUGAAGUUUCCUGUUUCAAACUUAUUGGCUGCCCGAGGCCUCUGCAUUGUUUAGGGCUACAGUGCUAUGGGGUGUUUCUACAGAUCCUAACAGCAGGCUGGGAUGAACUGGAGUGUCACCGCGUGUUCAACUUCCUCUGCGAGCUCAGCAAUUUACCCCGUAAAGUGCAGAUAGUUGUCAGCAGCAAACCGGGAAGUGCCCGAAAACUGGAGCUGCGCAUCAGGUUGUACUGUCGCAGCGUCUUGUUGAACCACUGGAUUCACCGAAGCGAUUCUGCGUUUUGGUUGACUCGGAUUUUAAAGCCGUGGCCCAUGGUUAACCAAGCUCGGCUGCUGUACAUCAUCUUUGGGCCGGUGUCCUCUCUCGAUGGGCACGUGGUUUGGCAGAAAAUGAUAGAAGGACCAACAGAUGAGACCAGCCUGAAAGGUCUGGCAGACGCGAUUAAACUGCUGUACGAUACAGAAGCGAGGGAAUGGACAGCAGACGACGUGAUCAGCCUCGUGGAUGAGCUCUCAGUUGUCCCCCGGGAGUGGCUCAUGGAGAACAAUGCUCGGCUGCUUAUCCUGAGCGGGAACAACAUCUGCUUCACGUUCAUGGCCAGCAAAGCCGUGAACGGCCGAGCCAUGGAGCUGGCCAGGCUCGUGGUCUUCCUGGCCUUGGUCUGCGAGAAGGACCUGUACUGCAUGGACUGGGCUGUAAAAAUGAUGCAGAAGGUCUGCAAGGUUUUUGGCACCCCUGGCGAGAGGAACUACUUCCUGCAGUGCGUGGAGAACGCCUUCGCGCACUUGAUCAUGGACACGCUGCAGGCCGUGCUCUCCGGCGGUCGUGACGAAGAGGACAGCAGCUUUUUGAAUCUGUUUCACCUCGUCAACGCACAGGCGAACUUCCAUAAGGAAAUUCUGUACCUGGCCAUGAGAAGCAACAGCGUUUGAUGCUCCGAAUUUCACAGACUCUCCCUCUACUCCUGCUGGACUUUUCUGGUUUUGAAGUAUUUGCAAAGCAGUGUCCAGUUAUUUAUUCGAUUUAUACCCCGGUAAGAGCUGGAGCAGCAGCGGGAGAAGCCGGUGAGGUAAAUAUCAGACCGUCAUGAGCUCACGGAACAUUUUGGGGAAUCUCUCGGCAUUCUGUGCUUUUUCCUCCUUCGGGGGCCUCUCCUCUGGGAGCACAAACCACAUUCUUUUCCCACUGUGGAUGUUUGCAGACACAAUAAAAAAAUGACAUGGUUUCCUAUUCGAUGCUCGCACACCAAUUGAAGAUUGUUAUCUUAGUUCAGAACCAAAAACAUUUUGAACUUUUACUUUUGUUUUCUCUUGGGAAUCGGAGGAGAAGGAGACAGACACGGUUAUUGAAGCUCAGCUCCCCUUCCCCGCUUUGCCAGGGUCUCUCUCGCUAACCCUUAGAUCUACCGCAGAAGCGCUCCAGUGAUUGUACACGCAGCUUCAGCAGAAAGAGGCGAUUCCAGAGCACAGUUUAACCACUUUGAUCAAACAAGGCAACCUUUUCCCCCCAAAACACUACAGGUGAGGAAACUUCAACUCCCUCUUCCCCAUAACCGACCUGUUCCAGUGUAUUUGCCUUUGUAGGACUUAGCCAAGUUGAAGACACGUUAAAUGCACACAGGCUAAGAUCACUGUUUCACUGAAGUAUAUAAAUGUUUGCUACUUACAAAAAGGUUUUGAUUUUCUGCUCUAUUACCUUAAAAAAAAGUCUGUAACACAAAAUAAAAA